AAUGAAGGAAGCUGCGAAACAACUUACUAUUCAGAUCAAUUUGGAACUUGGCCCAACGUCAUAGUACAAGGAGUGGCAAAGAUUACCCUUCGAUCUUUCUACGCCCCAGUUCACUUGGAAUCCGGUAGAAUAAUAUUAAAAUCCGGAACAGUCUGUCAACUAAAAGAUGGAACUUGCCUUGAUUCAGACGAUGGAUAUUCAUUCUGGAAAGUCGCCCCGGUAUCACCCUGUGACUUUCACCAGUACGACGUACUUUACGAAGGACGAGCAACAAAGAUGCAGGAGGAUUCGACCAACUCGGACUCCUCAGUGGUCUACAGCCUUACUACGCAAGACACAACAUUUGCACUUACUAAAACUCGAGAAAUGUCUCUGUGCGGUUACACGCUGUUCCGCACCGAGCAUCCGAAACUCUUUAUAUUGGAAACGAGUAAAGGAGAUACUCCUUCCAACCGGAAGCAGAUCCCCAUGGAAAACCUAGACAUUUUUGCAUACAUGAACUCUAAGUUCGUGUACGUCGAAAAACAUAUUCGACAACAAAUGGUUUCGUUAUAUCACAAUGUGAUGCAACAAAAGUGUGAACUCGAGAGACAAGUAAUCACUAACGCCUUGUCUUUUGCUACGUUACAACCUGACGAGUUUGCAUACCGACUAAUGAAAGGACCUGGAUACAUGGCUGUCACCGCAGGAGAAGCCAUUUUUGUAAUAAAAUGCAUACCAAUCGACGCCACCGUGCGCCGACCUAAGGAGUGUUACACGGAACUUCCAGUAACCGUGCACAACACCAGCAUGUUCCUGACUCCGAAGUCCAGAAUACUUACUAAGGUGGGAAAUCAACGAGAAUGCAACCACGAAAUGCCCACUCUGUAUCGAAUCGAAGACACCUGGGUGCAGAUGUCACCGGAUCCGCAAGUUCGACAACUGCCUCCCCAACAGCUUAAACCAAUGGCCCAAUUGACCUGGAGCUAUUUGACACCUGGACCUCUCGCUGUCAGCGGAAUCUAUUCAGAAAAGGACAUAGAACGGCUACGAGAACAUAUCAUGUUCCCCGCCGAGAAACCAGCUGUGCUUAACUCUAUUGCCCGAGGCUUAACCGGACACUCGUUCGACCCCAACACCGUUUCCUUGUAUAAUAUGUUGGACGAGGACGCACUAAACAAAAUCGCAGAAUCAGCAGCCUCUAGAGUUUGGCGAGGAUUUAUCUCAUUUGGAUCAGCUACAGCAGGAUUAUUCGGAAUAUUUCUGAUAAUCCGACUGAUAAAAAUCAUCAUCGACACUACGAUACAUGGUUACGCUUUGCACACUGCAUAUGGAUGUAGUAUGCAUCUCCUGGGAGCUUUGUGGAGCUCUAUUACUCACCUCCUUCUUCACUUGGCCAGAGGACCAGUCGACAAGGAUGAAAAACAACAGCAGGAUGAACAGAUAGCAGUCAGCAAACCAAUCUAUUCAAGUAAUGACCGUCGAGUAACAACUGAUGCGCCGACUUGCCCAGCGGAGAAUCAGCGACAACAUAUCGAGCCUACAGUCAUUGUAACUACACCUACUUAUACUUACUAUGAUUUAAAUCAAAGAUUAGAUGAGAUUAGCCAAAUUCCUCGAUCGCAGCGGAAUUUGUCUUAA